AUGUUCAAUUCGAAGCUCUUCGUGCUCUUCUUCUUCUUUUUGGCCGCCACCACAUUCGCCCAGGAGUCCGAAGUCGUUAAGACCUGUGGGGAGUUCUUGGUUCAAAGAGUCGCCAAGCUCUGCGGCUCAAGCUGCACCCAGGAGCCGACUCAUUUCGCCUCGACCGUCUGCUCCCAAGGAAUGUCCGACAACCAGAUCGCAUCAAUUUGCUGCCCAUAG